AUGUGUUUGACAUUACGAAAUUUGCUGAUUUUUUUGGCAUUUAACUUUGUUGCGUGCUUCGAGAAAUCGUAUGAAAACUUUAAAGUUUAUUCAGUGUUUUGUGGCACUACACAAGAUGUCAAAACUUUGCUAUCAUUUGAACACAAUCCGAUGAUUGAUUUCUGGAGUUUGCCUGGCUUUCAAAAGACGACAAGCAUUCUAGUCGAUCCAGAAUUUCAGGAAGAGUUUGAAAACUUUUUAACAUAUGGAAAGUUCAAUUAUGAAAUUUUAAUUGAAAAUGUUGGGAAAACCAUGAAAAGUCGUACGUACAACAAAUUAAAAUUCCAUUUCCCUAUCGGAAAUUUCACUAAUACAGUAAAUCGUGAUUUUUCCCGCUACUGGACGUUAACCGAGAUCGAAGAUUAUGUAAACUUUCUCUCACAAUCGACAUCUUUGUAUGUUCGAAAAGUGAUAAUUGGAAAGUCAUACGAAGAACGAGACAUUUAUGCAUUGACAAUAUCAUUGGAUGAGACGGUUGGAAAUCAACCAAUUUUGUUCAUCGACUCAGGAAUUCAUGCUAGGGAAUGGGCUGGGCACAUGUCGGUAUUGUAUUUGCUUUAUCAGCUUGUAGAAAAUUAUUCGGAAAACUUGGAAUUGUUGGAAAAUGUUGAUUGGGUCGUUGUACCCGUUGUUAAUCCAGACGGCUACGAAUACACAUUUACAAAUGAUCGCUUUUGGCGUAAGAAUCGUCGGCCAAUUGAUGAAAAUUGUGUGGGAGUUGAUAUCAAUCGAAAUUUCCGCUAUGGUUGGAAGGCUGCUGAUAAUGGGACAACACCAUGUUCGUUCACUUAUCCGGGACCAUCACCACAUUCUGAGCCAGAAACAAAAGCUUUAGCGGACUUUAUGCUACAAUUUAGAUACAAACUAAAACUUUAUGUGUCUAUGCAUUCAUACGCUUCUUUUCUGCUUUACCCGUUUUCGUUUGAUUUCAUUUAUAUCUCAAAUUGGAAGCAACAUCAAGAACUUUGCAAAAUCUACGUCGACACAGUGAAUCAAAUUACAAAAUUUGAACCUUACACGUUUGGUCAUUCUGCCUCGGAAUUUUAUCUUGCAACAGGAGUUUCAGAUGACCACGUCAUUGGAGAAGCUGGUGCGAGAUUGUCAAUUGUUAUUGAGUUGCCUGGUGGUGGCACUCGAGGUUUCGAUUUUCCAGAAGAAAACAUUGAAGAUUUGAUCAAAGAAACAUUUGUUGGGUUACGUCAGUUUGGAAUUUAUGUCGGAAAUAAUUUUUAA